UGCGCACGCGACGUAUAUAACGUGAACGCGAAGUACCGAACAGCACGAGUCCUGUUCUAUCAGUACUAACAUCACCAACCCUCCUAUCAAAAUGAUGAAGUUUAUCGUUGUUCUCGCCGCGCUCGUCGCCUUCGUCGCCGCUAAGCCAGCCUUGGUGAGCGCACCUUUAGUGGCUGCAGCUCCUGCCGCGGUUGUCACGGCAACCAGCUCGCAAUACUACCACCGCCUCAACAGCGGGCUUGCUGCCUACGUCGCUGCUCCUGCUGCCUACGUAGCCCCUGCUGCUGCACCCUACGUAGCUGCCCCUGCAGCUGCACCCUACGUAGCUGCUCCUUACGUAGCCUCUCCUUACGCCGCACCGGCAGCUGGAGCUCCAGUUGUCACGGCUGCCAGUUCACAAUACUUCCAAAGAACCUUCAAUCGCCUUGUAGUUCCUCAAGCAGUAGUACCAGUGGCACCUCCACCAUUGCAACCUGUUUUCACCGUAGCCCCGGCCCCUCCAGUGAUUGUGGAGCCUACCAGAGAAGUGCCUGUUGCCGUGAAUCCACCACCGACUCAGCCAGCUCCAGUUCAUCCUAAUGUUGCAAUAGCCGUGGCAACAGCCCAUGCUGCUGCACCUGUCGCAACUAUUUUGCUACCGCCAUAUCCUUUUGGAUUCCCACCAAAUUUUGGACUGAUCCCUCAAGAACAGCCUGUAAAUGUACCUGAUGAAAGUAACAAAGAACCGACCACUCAGUCAACAACGCAAGCUGAGGUGACGACACAAGAGCCAGAACAAACCACGCCGAUACCAUCGAGUAGUGAUGACAACUUUGUGCAACAGGCGCUGCCUUCCAAUGAAGAUGUAAAUUUCAACCAGUAUGGUCCACCCCUACCACCUCAGGAUCAACAGUUCCCACCUAACAACCCGGGUCCUCAGUUCCAGCCCAACCAACCGCGUCCUCAGUUCCCGCAACAACAACCCCAACCUCAGUUUCCACAACAGCAGCCCCGUCCGCAGUUCCAACCACAGCAACCGCAAUUGGGGCAAUUCCCAUUACAACAGUCUCGGCCACAGUUCCAGCCACAGCAACCUCAGGGACAGUUCCCACCGCAACAACCCCGUCCUCAAUACCAGCCACAACAGCCAGAGUUCCCGCCACAAAGACCACAAGGACAAUUCCCACCGCAACAGUCGCAGCCUCAGUUCCCACCGCAGCAGCCGCGGCCACAGUUCCAGCCACUGCCACAAGCGCAGCAACCCCGUCCCCAGUUCCAGCCACAAGCGAGACCGCAACAGCCACGCCCGACAUACGGAGCACCUCAACAACCGUGGCCUCAGCAGAGAGCUAGGCCUCAAAAGCUGAAGACUUCAGUGGAAGUCGUCCCCGUACCGCUGGCGUACAUCACUCCUCCUCCACCUCAGAAAACUCACGCACACGUAAAGGUAGUGAAACAUAUUUACACGUUUGUACCGGCAACUCCUGCUAAAAUUAUUGUGAGACCUGUGGUACAAACGCGUCCUCUCCGUUUAGUGAAAAUAAAAAAAGUUCAUUCCCAGAACUUGCGGGCUAAUGCCAGAGAUAUUGAAGUCACGACCUUCAGCCCAUUUCCUAGGCCCAACAUUAAGCCGCCUAAAGUAUAAUUUAUGAAUAAAUAGUCAAUUGUACACUUGUUAAUAAACCUGCACAUUGUAAAUAUGGUUAAGAAUGAGAUAAUAUAGAUAUAUUUAUACUUUUGUAAA